CGUAAAAUGUGGCCGAUACGUUUUUCGUCUGUCCACUUGUGCAUAUUCUGUCUCCUGUUUUUGGCGAUCCACCAACAUGCGCUUCAAGCAGCGCCGGCCCACCGUUCGCACCGGGAACGAGACUCCCCAAAAUCGCUCGAGGAUCCCCACCUUGAGUUUCAGGGCCCAAAUAGACCCGAGGAUAACACGGACCAUGGGCAGUCACGGGAAUUGGCCGCCCAGGUGAUCCACCAUCAUGCGAUACAAGAGGCGCCGGCUCAAAGUUCGCACCGUCAUCCAAACUCCCACGAAUCGGUCAAGGAUCCCCACCUCGAAUUUCAAGGGCCAAAUAGACCCAAGGAUAGCACGGACCGUGGACAGUCACGGGAAUUGGGAUCCCAGCUGAUCCACCAUCAUGCGAUACAAGGGGCGCCGGCUCAAAGUUCGCACCGUCAUCCAGACUCCCACGAAUCGGUCAAGGAACCUCACCUUGCGAUUCAGGGACCAAAUAGACUAGAUAACACGGACCAGGGGCAGUCAUGGGAAUUGGCCGCCCAGGUGAUCCACCAUCAUGCGAUACAAGAGGCACCGGCUCACAGCUCGCACCGUCAUCCAGACUCCCACGAAUCGGUCAAGGAUCCCCACCUCGAAUUUCAGAGGCCAAAUAGACCCAAGGAUAGCACGGACCAUGGAAAGUCACGGGAAUUGGGAUCCCAGCUGAUCCACCAUCAUGCGAUACAAGAGGCGCCGGCUCAAAGUUCGCACCGUCAUCCAGACUCCCACGAAUCGCUCAAGGAACCUCACCUUGCGUUUCAGGGACCAAAUAGACCCGACGAUAACACGGACCAUGGGCAGUCACGGGAAUUGGCCGCCCAGGUGAUCCACCAUCAUGCGAUACAAGAGGCACCGGCUCAAAGUUCGCACCGUCAUCCAGACUCCCACGAAUCGCUCAAUGAACCUCACCUUGCGUUUCAGGGACCAAAUAGACCCGACGAUAACACGGACCAUGGGCAGUCACGGGAAUUGGCCGCCCAGGUGAUCCACCAUCAUGCGAUACAAGAGGCGCCGGCUCAAAGUUCGCACCGUCAUCCAGACUCCCACGAAUCGCUCAAGAAUCCCCACCUCGAAUUUCAGAGGCCAAAUAGACCCAAGGAUAGCACGGACCAUGGACAGUCACGGGAAUUGGGAUCCCAGCUAAUCCACCACCAUGGGCUACAAGAGGCACCGGCUCACAGUUCGCGCCGUCAUCCAGACUCCCUCGAAUCUCUCAAAGAUCCCCACCUUGAGUUUCAGGGGCAAAAAAGACCCGAGGAUAACACAGACUAUGGACAGUCACGGGAAUUGGAAUCCCAGCUGAUCCACCAUCAUGCGAUACAAGAGGCGCCGGCUCAAAGUUCGCACCGUCAUCCAGACUCCCACGAAUCGCUCAAGAAUCCCCACCUCGAAUUUCAGAGGCCAAAUAGACCCAAGGAUAGCACGGACCAUGGACAGUCACGGGAAUUGGGAUCCCAGCUAAUCCACCACCAUGGGCUACAAGAGGCACCGGCUCACAGUUCGCGCCGUCAUCCAGACUCCCUCGAAUCUCUCAAAGAUCCCCACCUUGAGUUUCAGGGGCAAAAAAGACCCGAGGAUAACACAGACUAUGGACAGUCACGGGAAUUGGAAUCCCAGCUGAUCCACCAUCAUGCGAUACAAGAGGCGCCGGCUCAAAGUUCGCACCGUCAUCCAGACUCCCACGAAUCGCUCAAGAAUCCCCACCUCGAAUUUCAGAGGCCAAAUAGACCCAAGGAUAGCACGGACCAUGGACAGUCACGGGAAUUGGGAUCCCAGCUGAUCCACCAUCAUGCGAUACAAGAGGCGCCGGCUCAAAGUUCGCACCGUCAUCCAGACUCCCACAAAUCGCCCAAGGAACCUCACCUUGAGUUUCAGGGACCAAAUAGACCCGAGGAUAGCACGGACCGUGGACAGACUCGGGAAUUUGGCUCUUGGUCCGAAAUGCCCAUGAGACUCUUUCACCUAGUUAGCGAAAAUCCAACGACAGUGGACAGUAGUGGCGACCGUAACCAGCGAAAGACCAGCGCUAUGCAACGACAAGCUAAAAAGCAUCUUUCCCCUCGUGCAAGGACAUCGGGAACGAGAGAACGGCACAAGGAGCUCACCAUACCACUAGCGCGCGGAAUAGUAAACAUCCACGGCAGGCGGAUCGCAAACCCUUGGAUUGUCACCUACGGGGAUGUGUGGAGGGACACGCGUCUCGCUGCCGGGCAGUUAAGUAGAAUGCCCCGUUUACACUUGGCGUCGUCGCCAAUCGUAAACUACUAUCCUGACGAGGCCAAGCUUGCCAGCGUGUGCAAGUCGACCAUAUUUAUGCAAAAAUACGGCAUGCCACGUAGGAUGUCGUCCUGGACUUGGAUUCAGUACCAUAUCUACCGGAAAGCCUUCACUUACAGACGCAUGGACCUAAAACAGUGGCAUCGCCAAGCAGUUCUUGACAUAGACUGCCACCGCUUUCAUAAGAAAUCAACGGUCCUUGCAUAUUUGGAAUGCGCGUUAAGUCGCUAUCAGAGAAAUGAAUAUCAAAUACCCCAGUAUCCAAAGCGCCAGAACCAACUAUUCUAUGACAACUAGAUCAAAGCAACUUUUGAAAAAUUCUAGAUAAAAAU